AUGCGACCAAAUGGCUUUGUGGACUUGAUUCGCGAAUUCGGCCUACCCGAUCUGCCGCCCGGCAUCAUUGGAGUGCCGGGUAUCUGCGGCAAUGAACGUAAUCCCUAUCAGGUGUACAGUACGCCGGCUUUUCGCAUCACCAAAGAUGCCAUACUCACCGUACAAACCGCACAAUCCUUCCCUAAUGGCUUUCCCACAGACUUUUCAAUCAUUUUGGCUCUGCGCAGCAAUCAAACGAACCCAACAAAAGCGCCCGUUUUCACUAUAUAUUCGGACGAGAGUGAGGAGGUGCUCUCGCUUAAUCUGGGCAAAGAGAUUAGUCUUAGUUAUGAACAAACCGAUGCUACAUUCAAUCAACGUAAUACCAUUAAUUUUGGCAUUGGCUUUAGUGACACGAAUUGGCAUCGCAUCGGUGUAAGUGUAAAGGGGAAGGCGGCAACUUUGGUAGUGGAUUGUACGAAACAGGUGACGCGACGUUUGGAACGUUCUCGUGGCAGUACUAUCGCUACAAAUGGGCUAAUACUUACCGGCGUACAAAUGACAAAUGACGAGGGAUUUUUUACCGGUGAUGUGCAACUGAUGGCCAUUGUAGAUAGUCCAGAUGCGGGUUAUGAGGUGUGCACGCGGUAUGCGACACCGUGCAUGCAACAAGGCAGCUUUACGAUGGAGCGGUACGUAAGCGGUGUAGGUGGUGAUGCAGAUGGUGGCAGACGUACAGGUGGCAGUUGGUCGUGGUCAUCAUCGAGCAGCAGCAGUAGUGGUCAGGGAAGUGGUGGUGGUGCGGAAGGCAUUGAUUUGAGCAGAUCUGCGCUGGGUAUUGGUGAUGGUGGAAGGAGCAUAGCUGGUGGAGCGGCAAGUGAACGGUUUAGUGGUGUAGGCAGCAGCUCGCAAGCGAAUGCACCACAUUUCCAAAUCACCAGUUCCCGUAGCUAUGAAUCUAUCCCAAUGGUUAAUGCAGGAGGUUUAGUUGGAAACCUUCAAGUAGGCGAGGCUAAAAAUGGUCAAGAGUUGGGAGCUUAUGGUACUGGCGGCAGUGCGGGUAAUGGAUUCCCGCUUGGCGGAAAUUCUGCUGAAUCUGGCGCUACCGGCAGUGCAAGUGCUGCACUACCAUUCGAUGAGCAAGGUUUUGAGGAUUAUGUCAUUGAGGGUAAUGAAGGUGUCGAUUUUAAUACGUACGUGGAUCUUACAACACCCUCGACAAUUGAAGCUCCUGACCCAAUUGAUGACACCGAUAACAAAGAAACAAGGGAGCAGGUAGACGACGAUGCAAAAGAACGUCGUGUGAACUCCACGGAUGCUGACGCUUCAGAUGUUAAUCGUAAGCCAGAUAGGCGUAAAAACGGCUCGAGAACGAAUUCUACAGAUCCAAGUUAUGUUAUCGGCGGUGGUAAUACAAUCUGCUACCCCGGGCCGCGGGGCUAUACUGGCACUCCAGGACCACCAGGUGAACCAGGCUAUAAGGGUGAAGCUGGUCGCGAUGGCUUGGCUGGCACUCCAGGUAUUCAAGGACCACCAGGGCAUGUUUUUGUAGUUCCGCAUGCCCAAGGGGGCAAUGAGAAGGGACCAGAUUCACAAGCUGAAGCCCUAAGGCAAAUGAUAUCCCAGCACAUGAUGGCUUUGCGUGGUCCCGAAGGUCCUAUGGGUCUUACAGGACUGCCAGGUCCACCUGGUGUGCCCGGUCAGCGUGGCGAUAAGGGUGAACCCGGCGAUGUUGGUGAACCGGGCUUACGCGGUUUGCGUGGACCUGCUGGUUCACCGGGCCGUGAUGGACGACGCGGUCGUUCUGGAAGAGAUGGUGAACGUGGCGCUGUGGGACCACAGGGACCGAAAGGUGAAAUCGGACGAAUGGGUCCGAUUGGUUUGCCAGGUGAAAAGGGACAUCGAGGUUUGCCAGGUAUAACUGGUGAAAAGGGUCAACAAGGUGUCGAAGGUCACCCAGGAGAAGAGGGUCCGCCAGGUUUGCCUGGUUUACCAGGUGAAUUGGGCCCUCGUGGAUUUCCAGGUCCGCGCGGUUUCCCAGGUCCUGCUGGUAAUCCAGGCUUGCAGGGUGCAGAAGGACCCCAAGGUGCAAAGGGCAGCACUGGUUUAAUGGGCCCAUCUGGUCCUCCAGGACAAAUUGGUGCAAAUGGUCCUCCUGGGGCACCUGGUCCGCAAGGCAAUCUCGGUCCACCAGGCAUAGCUGGGCCACCCGGUAAACCUGGCCUUCCUGGUUUGCCUGGAGCUGAUGGUGCUCCAGGUCAUGCGGGUACACCGGGCGCAAUCGGUCCAAAAGGUGACCAAGGCAUGCAGGGUGUUCAAGGGCCUGUAGGUUUUCCUGGUCCUCGUGGUCUCAAAGGUGAUGAUGGUCAACGCGGUUCACCAGGUGAUAAAGGUGAUAAUGGCGAAAGAGGGUUAGAUGGUGAAAAAGGCGAUGCUGGCUUGCCUGGUGAACGUGGAACUCCUGGUGCACCCGGUAGUCCAGGUCCAGAAGGUCCCGAAGGUCCUAAAGGUUUUGAAGGUCCUAGAGGUGAAACAGGUUUACAGGGCUCCACCGGUGAAAAGGGCAAACAGGGGCCACAAGGAUUUCAGGGUUACCCUGGCCCGUCUGGUGAUAAGGGUGAUAAAGGAGCAACUGGUACUGCAGGGCCGGCGGGUAUAAAAGGUGAGCGAGGGUUACAAGGGCAAUCAGGUGAGCGCGGUGAGAUGGGUCCUAGAGGAUUUCGUGGCUCAAGAGGAAGACGAGGUGGUGAUGGUAGUCCAGGUCCAAAAGGUGACACAGGUCAACCAGGUGCACCCGGUCUUCAAGGCGAAACUGGACCUCAGGGUGCAGAGGGUCCCCGUGGUUUUAUUGGUUUGCCGGGUUCACCAGGCGCAGAUGGCAAAAAUGGUGUGAUGGGCCCUCCUGGCGAGCGGGGACAACCUGGAGAACCAGGAAAACCCGGGCCUCCUGGAGAGUCUGGCGUCAUAGGUCCACGUGGCGCUCCUGGUGAGCUAGGUCCUAUCGGCGAACCGGGUAUACCAGGCCUUCCAGGUUUGCCGGGAGAAGCCGGUUUACCGGGCGAGGCUGGCAAAGAAGGCCCCCCCGGCCCAAUCGGGCCAAUUGGACUACCCGGGCCACAAGGUCCUACCGGACUUCCUGGAUUCCCCGGAGAGCGUGGCCAUCAAGGGCAACCAGGACUUCCCGGGCUUAAAGGAGAGCAAGGUUUGCUAGGUGGUCCCGGAUAUCCUGGUGACAAGGGUCAGACGGGCGAGCCAGGUCAUCCUGGUGCACAAGGUCCGCCUGGAAACCCAGGACCACCGGGUAGUGUCGGCUCACCAGGUGCCAAAGGUGAACCCGGAGAUAAGGGGCCUAUCGGACCAUCUGGUAGAGACGGUUUAACUGGUAUGCGAGGGUUACCAGGACCACCAGGUCCACAAGGCACGCCUGGGGAAGAUGGUGAUAAAGGAGAGACCGGUCCGCCUGGUGAAAAGGGUUUGAAAGGAAAUAGAGGUGAAAUUGGCCCAAUUGGGUCAACCGGAGCCCAAGGACCGCGCGGUGAGUCUGGACCGCCUGGACCACCAGGAGAAAAGGGCCCACCAGGAGAAGCUGGGCGAAGAGGCAUAAAAGGAGAAGAUGGGAAACCAGGUCCACCAGGACCACUAGGAAAACCAGGCAUUCAAGGUUUGCCAGGUCCAGCUGGCCUUAAGGGAGAGCGAGGUGAUGAUGGACUAAUGGGGCCAAUAGGACCUCCGGGCUCUCCAGGAGAGCAAGGCAGACGAGGAUUGAAAGGUGCCCCUGGACAGCAAGGGAAACCUGGACCACAUGGACCGCAAGGAAUAACCGGAGCAGAUGGUCCUCAAGGACCACCAGGAGCGGUGGGUCCUACAGGUAAACCAGGCGAGCCCGGGCCAGCCGGACCCAAAGGAGAACAAGGCAAAUCUGGACCAAUUGGCCCACCUGGCCGUAUAGGCAUGCAGGGCCAGGAGGGUCCAAAGGGCGCUGUUGGGCCACGCGGUUAUCCAGGCGCAAGAGGUGAGCCGGGUUUGAUGGGUCCAAAAGGCGACGUGGGAGCUGUUGGUGAAGAUGGUAAACCUGGCGAGCAAGGCCCAAUCGGAGAUAUGGGUCCGGAGGGCAGAAUUGGGGAGCCGGGCCCACCAGGACGGCAAGGGCCAGAAGGACCUGCAGGUUUGCAAGGCAGUCCCGGACCCAUUGGCGAAAAAGGAGAUAAAGGGGAUCUGGGAUCUCAGGGUCCACAAGGAAUUGUAGGUCCGCAAGGUCUACCAGGUUUGCAAGCGCCUCCAGGUAGCAGAGGGCUGCCAGGCGAAGUUGGUGAAACAGGUGUGCCAGGUCCAGAGGGAGUGCCAGGAAAGGAGGGCAGUAUUGGUGAACCCGGACCGGCAGGACCCAAAGGUGACCGCGGCAGACGUGGUCCAAAAGGACAUCGUGGAGAGUUAGGUAUGGUGGGCCUGAAGGGUGAUCAAGGCGAGAAAGGUGAUCGCGGUUUUCGUGGACCACAUGGACCAGAAGGACGCAAAGGCGAACCAGGGCUAGUAGGACCCAUUGGACCCAAAGGCAAUGAUGGCCCACAGGGACCACCUGGAACAAACGGAGCGCCCGGACCGAAAGGAACAGAAGGACCAGCUGGCAAUAAAGGUGACAUGGGACCGCCAGGACCAGCUGGACCGCCUGGCGCACCAGCUGAGGCACCACUAAUACCACCCGAACUGCUUUUCCAAAUGCAACAAUACUCCACCACAAAAGCGGAAAUACGAAGACGACGCGAUGUUGAUAUACUCGACGAUUUAGUACCUUUCGAGGAAGAUGAUGAUUUCAAUGAAAUAAUGGGUGUAUUUUCGCCACACGAACAAACUAACACCGAGCAACACAAGAAAACAAAAAGAAGGCGAAAAAAGAAACCCACCGCGCAUAGCGAUUCGAGUGGCAAAUUGGUGGACAUGUACAGCGCCAUCUACAGCAUGCGACAAGAAAUGGAUCGCAUGCGCAAACCAACCGGUACACAAGACAACCCGGUGCGUACGUGCCGUGAUCUGCAUUAUGCACAUCCACAAUUCGAGAACGGCUGGUACUGGAUCGAUCCGAAUGCCGGCAUGCCCGAUGAUGCCAUCUACGUGUACUGCAACAUGAGCGCCGACGGUGAGACAUGCAUUUACCCAGACGCACACACUGCCGAAGCGCCAGUGGUGCCGCGGCGUUCAUCUGGCGGCCUAGAUUGGUACUCUCGUCUUAGUGAUGGCGCGAAAAUUGCAUAUGACGGUGUGGGCACAGUUCAAUUGACCUUCUUGCGCUUGCUUGCCGAGGAGGGAUAUCAGAACUUUACAUAUGAAUGCAGAAAUUCAGUGGCUUGGUACAGUGAAGCGGAUGGUGGCUAUACAAAGGCGCUGCGGCUGUUGGGCGAAAACGAAAUGGAAAUCGCACGCGAAGGCACACCCAUACAACCGGAAGUGUUGCGGGAUGAGUGUCAGAAGCUCAACACGCUAGGCGAGACAGUGUUGCUGGUGCGCACACAACGCCUCAACUAUCUGCCAUUGGUGGACUUCUACCCGCAGGACUAUGCGCGAUUGGAUCAAGCGUUCGGCUUUAAGGUGGGACCGGCGUGCUUUAAAUGAGAAGACACAAGCGAAUACUCUAUAAUGACGACAAUGCAAACCAAAACCAACAAAGAGCGAAAGAUAGAGCGAAGUAGCGAAUAAGAGAGCGAGCUGAGAGAACUUAAAAUAUUUAUGUAUAGUAAAAAUAUGCCAACAGUUAAGAGUUAAUUACAUUAUAAGCAUAGCAGAUUUUUACCCGAAUCGACUGCCAUAAUUGUAGAAGAAAUGUAUAAGCAUUCGGUUAGUUGUAAGCGUAUUUAGUUUUAAAAAAUAACUACUUUUAAUAGUAAACACUACAUUAAGCUGAGAGAGUCUUUUGUUGUUAAGAACAAAAAGUUGUUUUUUCUACAUAAAAUUAAUAUAAAAUUUUGCUAACAAGUUGCGAAAGAAAACCCA